AUGUCUACGAAUUAUGUAUCCGACUUGUGUCUCUCCGACUUGUGUCUUCGACUUGUGUCUCUCCGACUUGUGUCUCUCCGACUUGUGUCUUCGACUUGUGUCUCUCCGACUUGUGUCUCUCCGACUUGUGUCUCUCCGACUUGUGUCUCUCCGACUUGUGUCUCUCCGACUUGUGUCUUCGACUUGUGUCUCUCCGACUUGUGUCUCUCCGACUUGUGUCUCUCCGACUUGUGUCUCUCCGACUUGUGUCGCUCCGACUUGUGUCUCUCCGACUUGUGUCUCUCCGACUUGUGUCUCUCCGACUUGUGUCUCUCCGACUUGUGUCUCUCCGACUUGUGUCUCUCCGAUAUGUGUCUCUCCGACUUGUGUCUCUCCGACUUGUGUCUCUCCGACUUGUGUCUCUCCGAUUUGUGUCUCUCCGACUUGUGUCUCUCCGACUUGUGUCUCUCCGACUUGUGUCUCUCCGACUUGUGUCUCUCCGACUUGUGUCUCUCCGACUUGUGUCUCUCCGACUUGUGUCUCUCCGACUUGUGUCUCCCCGACUUGUGUCUCCCCGACUUGUGUCUCUCCGACUUGUGUCUCUCCGACUUGUGUCUCUCCGACUUGUGUCUCUCCGACUUGUGUCUCUCCGACUUGUGUCUCUCCGACUUGUGUCUCUCCGACUUGUGUCUCUCCGACUUGUGUCUCUCCGACUUGUGUCUCUCCGACUUGUGUCUCUCCGACUUGUGUCUCUCCGACUUGUGUCUCUCCGACUUGUGUCUCUCCGACUUGUGUCUCUCCGACUUGUGUCUCCCCGACUUGUGUCUCCGACUUGUGUCUUCGACUUGUGUCUCUGACUUGUGUCGCUGA